AUGCAUGUUUUUUUACUAUCUGGCUGCCGAAUUUUGCUGAAUCUACUGUGUCUCCCUGAGGUAAAGUGUCUGACUUCUUCCAAUUCCUGUCCCAUCUGCUAUUAUGAUCUCUCAACAUCUGAAGGCAGUACUGAUGGUGAAGUUUCCUCACACGAUCUCUGUGAUGUUUACCACGGUCUCACUCGACUGCGUCGUUGUUUGGAGGUCUCAGAAACUAACGGUGGCCGAUCUAUUGAACAGUGGAUCCGUGAUAUUGAUGCUUUCAUUGUUGACGCUUGUGCCAAAUUCGACGAUUUAGGGAUUCCAUCGGUAUCCACAACCUUUCGUGAGGCUGCAGGCGUUCUCCGUGAUACACUCGACUCCUCUGUGUCGUCGCACUAUCCUGCAUUUUUCCAAGUCUAG